CCGAGCAGCCGCCAAGAUGGCCGAAGUGGAGCAGAAGAAGAAGCGAACCUUCCGCAAGUUCACCUACCGUGGCGUGGACCUCGACCAGCUGCUGGACAUGUCCUAUGAGCAGCUGAUGCAGUUGUACAGCGCCCGGCAGAGACGGCGCCUGAACCGAGGCCUGCGAAGGAAGCAGCACUCACUGCUCAAGCGCUUGAGGAAGGCCAAGAAGGAGGCGCCACCCAUGGAGAAGCCGGAGGUGGUGAAGACCCACCUCAGGGGACAUGAUCAUUCUGCCGAGAUGGUGGCAGCAUGGUGGGUGUGUACUGGCGGCAAGACCUUCAACCAGGUGGAGAUCAAACCCGAGAUGAUCGGCCACUACCUGGGCGAGUUCUCCAUCACCUACAAGCCUGUGAAGCACGGCCGGCCCGGCAUUGGCGCCACCCACUCCUCCCGAUUUAUCCCCCUCAAGUAGUGGGGACAAUAAAGACUCGUUUUCAGCCCUGAAAAAAAAAAAAA